AUGGAUGCACUGCUAUCGCUUCCGGUGGUGGGAUACUUUCUCAUGCCAUCAGUAUCAACAUACUCAACAUCUUUAAACGUCCUAUUCUUUUACAUGACAUGGUCAACUCUCGUGCUCUCACAUUCGGCUUUAAAGGUCGAGCUAGUAGGGACCAUUGGCAUCAGACUAUUAUUCUUCAUAAUACCAUCAUUAUUAUUCCUCCUCUUCGAUUCCAUCAUACCAAGUUUAUCGGUGGGAGUUAAGCGGCAAGGAAAACAAGCAUUACCUACUCGUACGGGAGGAAUAAAAGUAUCCAGGUCCAAGGUUCCGAAAUGGUAUGAGGUCGUUGGGAUCAGCAUAUUCAAUAUCUUGCUUGGAAUUGGCAUUCAAGCGGGACUGGAAAUGUUCCUGACGGAAAUCUUACACUAUAAAACUGCGCUAAGAGUCACUACCACAUUACCCAUGCCAUGGUCGAUCGCCAAGGAUGCUUUAAAAUGUCUUCUUGUCCGCGAGGUCCUACAAUACUACACUCACCGUUACAUUCUCCACGCUCGGUCUUCAAACUUCCUCAGCAAGGGUCACAAGACUUAUUUCCACUCCAUCACUUCUCCAUAUGCAUUCGUCGCACAUUACGAUCAUCCAGCCUCCUACAUACUGUUCCGCUUCAUUCCCAUCUAUCUCCCCGCAGUAGUUUUUCGUGUCCACCUCCUUACCUAUCUUCUUACUCUCUCCGUCGUCACUUUAGAAGAAACACUCGCAUCAUCCGGGUACACCAGCAUUCCCGGUAUUAUUCUUGGUGGUAUAGCACGUCGACAGGAUCUACAUAGUGAGAGUGGCGGAAAAGGAAAUUUUGCACCAUUGGGGUUGUUGGAUUGGAUUCAUGGAACUAGCAUCGGGCCUGGAUUCGAGGAAGAUAUUGCGGAUGAGGCUGAAAAGCAUCAAAUCAAGAGCCGAAGUAAAAAGGCAAUUUCUAAUGGAAAAGAGGGUAUGAAAUCAUUAACUGGGAGAAGAAGAAGUUCUAGGAAGGGUUAA